CAACAAAAAAUCUUCACUGACAUUUAAGAUAACGGAAUGUGUGAGAUAUCUAAUUCAGUUUUGGCCUGACAUGUAACUUCUUUCCCCUAGCCUCCAUCUGCUCCCCAGAGGAAAACUCCACGAUUGAGCUUUCCAUGGUGAGUCAAUCAGCCCCAAACUCGACCCACUUUGAAAAAGAGGCUCCUCUUUGGGAUUGAGAGACAGGUAUAUUUAUCUCCUCUGGCGAUGAAUUUGGUGUCGCUGUGGAUUCAGAGGCCAUGAAGAAGAAAAAUAAAGCCCAACAUCGGCCCCAGCACGCCAAGGGCCCCGCGCACGCCCGCGGGAAGGGCGUGGCCGCCGUGUCGGCCCUCGGAAGAACCACGCCCGCAGCCUGGGCGACUCCCUACCUCACCAGCCUGGAGCCCGAGCCCCCUGGCCUGACCGCCGCGGGCCCGGGCGCGGGCACCUCUGGCACUACGGGGUUGGUGCUGGGACUGACUGCUUCGCCACUCGACUCCCAGGAUAGCAGGAAGCGCGGUUCCUGCACAUUUUGCCCGCAGGGCCCUGGAGGCCGGGAGCAGCAGCUGCUGCGGGCAGCGCCAACACGGGUGCCCGUGGCUCUUUAGGAACGCAGCGGCCACGCGGGUAGUAAGGCUGCGAGCCCGGAGCGGGGGCGCGCGGUGAGCAGUGCGGGGCGUGUUCGCGUCACUCAACUCGGUGGACCAAUGAGCGCCGCGCCCCGGGGCUCACCGGGCCAAUCGGAGGCGAGGAGUGGUCUGAAAGAGUCGUCCGGCUUUCCCGUUCUCCCCAAAGGGGAUCCGAGCCGCCUCAAAUGCCACGGGACUGAAGUGCAAACGUCGGGGAUUAUUAUGUCGAUUUCUCGAGGACCGGGAUUCGCAGCGCGAAACAGAAGAAAAGGCUGGCUCUUCAGGAGUCUCGCCGGUAUUUGAUAACCGAAGACUCUUAAAAUUGCCCAGAUUGCCCUGGAUCAGCGACUUUCCUCUACUCGCAUACCGUAUUUUUAAAGAAAUUAUUUUGUUCGCCGCGUUGGUCUUUUACCACCAUCAAUACACUGAAGCAAAGACUUCAGUCUCUUCAUGUAAAGUAUGCUUUAUAUUUUUGCCAAAUAUGAUCUCUAAUUGAAAGUUUAUUUUUGGUUUUGGAUGAAUCUGUGGAGCUCAUGUUGUAAGAAGAAAGGGGGAACGAGACACAAUGAAAGAGAAGUCCAAAAAUGCUGCCCGGACUAGGAGGGAGAAGGAAAACAGUGAAUUUUAUGAACUGGCUAAAUUACUACCUUUGCCCUCGGCUAUCACCUCGCAGCUGGACAAAGCAUCCAUAAUCAGACUCACGACCAGCUAUCUCAAAAUGAGAGUAGUGUUCCCAGAAGGGCUCGGAGAGGCGUGGGGCCACUCAAGUCGGACCAGCCCCCUGGACAACGUUGGCCGCGAAUUGGGCUCUCAUCUGCUCCAGACCCUGGAUGGUUUCAUCUUUGUGGUGGCCCCAGAUGGAAAGAUCAUGUACAUCUCAGAGACAGCCUCGGUCCACCUGGGUCUUUCUCAGGUAGAACUGACCGGAAAUAGCAUUUACGAAUACAUCCACCCAGCAGAUCAUGACGAGAUGACAGCGGUGCUCACGGCCCAUCAGCCCUACCAUUCUCACUUUGUUCAGGAAUACGAGAUAGAGCGCUCCUUCUUCCUGAGAAUGAAGUGCGUGUUGGCCAAGAGGAACGCGGGCCUCACCUGCGGCGGCUACAAGGUCAUUCACUGCAGCGGCUACCUGAAGAUACGCCAGUACAGCCUGGACAUGUCCCCCUUCGAUGGCUGCUACCAGAAUGUGGGCCUUGUGGCUGUGGGUCACUCGCUGCCGCCCAGCGCCGUCACGGAAAUCAAGUUGCACAGCAACAUGUUCAUGUUCCGCGCCAGCCUGGACAUGAAGCUCAUCUUCCUGGACUCCAGAGUGGCGGAGCUGACGGGGUACGAACCUCAGGACCUGAUUGAGAAGACCCUGUACCACCACGUGCACGGCUGCGACACCUUCCACCUGCGCUGCGCCCACCACCUGCUGCUGGUGAAGGGGCAAGUGACCACCAAGUACUACAGGUUUCUGGCGAAGCACGGCGGCUGGGUAUGGGUGCAGAGCUAUGCGACCAUCGUGCACAACAGCCGCUCAUCCAGGCCACACUGUAUCGUCAGUGUCAACUACGUCCUCACGGACACGGAGUACAAAGGGCUGCAGCUCUCCCUGGAUCAGAUCUCAGCCUCCAAACCAGCUUUCUCCUAUGCCAGCAGCUCCACUCCUACCAUGCCUGACAACAGGAAGGGGGCCAAGUCCAGGCUCUCCGGUUCAAAGUCAAAAUCCAGGACUUCUCCAUACCCUCAGUAUUCCGGAUUUCACACGGAAAGAUCGGAAUCUGAUCACGACAGCCAGUGGGGAGGAAGUCCCCUGACCGACACAGCCUCGCCGCAGCUCCUGGACCCCACGGACAGGCCAGGGUCUCAGCACGACGCGUCCUGCGCCUACAGACAGUUCUCAGACCGCAGCUCUCUCUGCUAUGGCUUUGCGCUCGACCACUCCAGGCUGGUGGAGGAGAGGCAUUUCCACACCCAGGCCUGCGAGGGAGGCCGAUGCGAGGCGGGCAGGUACUUCCUGGGAGCGCCGCCGGCCGGGAGGGAGCCCUGGUGGGGCUCUCGUGCCGCCUUGCCCCUGACCAAGGCCUCCCCAGAAAGCAGAGAAGCCUAUGAAAACAGUAUGCCUCACAUCGCUUCAGUCCAUAGGAUCCAUGGACGAGGUCAUUGGGAUGAAGAUAGUGUGGUCAGUUCUCCAGACCCUGGGUCUGCCAGCGAAUCAGGUGACCGAUAUCGCACCGAUCAGUAUCAAAGUAGCCCACAUGAACCUAGCAAAAUUGAAACUCUGAUCAGAGCCACCCAGCAAAUGAUUAAAGAAGAAGAGAACAGAUUGCAGCUAAGGAAAGCGCCCCCAGACCAACUGGCCUCCAUUAAUGGAGCUGGGAAAAAACACUCCCUCUGUUUUGCAAACUACCAACAGCCCCCACCGACAGGCGAAGUCUGCCACGGCUCCACUCUUGCCAACACUUCACCGUGUGACCACAUCCAGCACAGAGAGGGAAAGAUGCUGAGCCCCCAUGAAAAUGACUAUGACAACAGUCCUACUGCACUGUCUCGAAUAAGUAGUCCCAAUUCAGAUCGCAUUUCAAAAUCCAGUUUGAUCCUAGCUAAAGACUAUCUCCAUUCGGAUAUGUCUCCUCAUCAGACAGCAGGAGACCAUCCUGCUGUCUCUCCAAACUGCUUUGGCUCUCACCGGCAGUAUUUUGAUAAGCAUGCUUACACAUUAACUGGAUAUGCCCUGGAGCACUUGUAUGACAGUGAAACCAUUAGAAACUAUUCCUUGGGCUGUAAUGGCUCACACUUUGAUGUAACUUCCCAUCUAAGGAUGCAGCCAGACCCAGCACAAGGACACAAGGGAACAUCUGUUAUAAUAACCAAUGGAAGCUGAUGUUUUUCUAAAAUAUUUUAUUCUUUAAGGAUCUCUGAAGCAUAUUUAUAGUUUAAUGCCCCAUGACAAGCAUUUACUAUGCUACAGAUUGUUAGGAUAAUUUCAGUUCCUGGGUAUUUGAAAUGUGUUCCUUUGAAGUCAAAGAAAACAUCACUAGCAUUCAAGGUUAUAUACAGAUAAUGGAGCUAAAGUGAAUAUGCAAAUUGCCCCUCUAACCAGAAUAGAUAAAAUUUUGAAUAGAAAAAUACUCGUGUAGGUUAAGUGAGCAUAUAUGCCAUGUGAAAGACGGACAACAACAUUGCGUUUGAUGAUCCGGUGACCCUCAUACACACAUCUUGCUAUCUACAAACUGCUCUGUACACUUUACAUGCAGAAAUAUAUACUGUGUACCAUAAAUACACCCUAAAUGGGUGACUUUUUUUAAUAGUAGCAUAUUAAGAUUCUUAAAGAAAUUUCUACUCCCAAAAUAACUAAGAAAGAGAGACAUUUUGUAAACUUUCUUUUUUGUGGUUUUAAGCAGCUAGCUCAUUUGGAUUCAGGUAUAAAUUAAGGAAACCGUUCUGGAUAUGGUAUAAAAAUGAGUUUUCAGCUGAUAUCCAUUAUAAGCAAUCAGGAAGUGGUGAUUUUUUACCUUCUUUUGAGUUAGACAAGGAAUAGGAUCACAUUGACAUCAGUAAGGGUUUUUCUAAGUGAAAGUACUGAGAUGUUGAGACACACAACGAAAACCUGGUAUGCCCAAUUUGAAAUAGUUCAGUGAAGAUGGAAAGGCCAGAGGCAGAGAGAAAUUAAAUAGUAUCUCAGAAAAAAACAAUUUAAGGCUCAGAAUAUGUAACCAACAUAUUUGGGACUCAUAAAACCUGCCAAAUAAAAAAUUCAAACCAAUUCACCAAGGAAAAAGGCUAAUAAGUGCAAAAACAAUUAAGGAAAACCAGUAAAGUGCUUACUAUAUGACAGCGGUGUCAUAUAUUUGAGAACUUUUCAAAGCACAGAUGUGCAAGUGUGACAACAUAUGAAAUGCCUCAGGAGAGGGUCUAAGAUAAAAGCUUAGGCUGAUAGACAAGUGAUUAAAAGGGCAAGAGUAGUACUUUGACUCAUUAAGGAACAGAUGAAGUGUUCAUUUUUCUUAUUGUUUGUAAACAACAAAAACAACACGUAAAACAGUAGAAAUACCAGCCGACUAGAUGCCAGGAUCUCUGGAUCUGGUUCUGGCCCUGCCUGUAACUUAUUUUGGGAACGUAGAUGUACAACUCACCACAACUGGGCCCCAGUUUCUUCAUCUGUGUGGCAAUUCUAAUGUUCCAUGGUUCUGUGGUUCAUUGGUGCAGCAGAACUGAACUUGGUAACUAGUUAACUGUUGUGAGUGAUCCAGACUUAUCAUCUUGGCUUUUCUGUACUCAUUUAGAGAUCUAGAUGUUUUUUUUUUUAACAUAAGCAGGUGCAUGGGCUCUUUUAGGCACGUAUAGUUACAGACAACUUUCUAGUUCAGCCAACAUGUUGGUGGUAAAAACCGAUAAAAGAGAAGAAAAAUAAGUAAUAUUUAUUUAAUGCACUAUUCUCUAGUAAUCAAAGCAAAGUGGCAUAAGUGAAUAAAGAAGUUUCAUAGAUAAUAUUUCCUAGGAAUCCCAUGCCUGAAAUUCUUGCCAUAUUCAAAGAGGGAAUGUAUUGGAAGAAAUUGACUUAUAAUUUUGAAGACAGACCAUGACAUUGAACACUCAGGGAUUAGUACUCUAUUUUCAUCAUGUAACAGUUAUUUGGCAAUCCAUAGGUAGGUAGGUGACAAUCUGAAUGAUGAUAAUCUGAGAGAUAAAUUUGGGAUUGUUUGUAUGUGAGAAAAGAGGCAAAGUAAAAUUAAAUAUUUCUUGGGUAUGACAGAGCAACAUUUGUGCUAUAAAUGGAAAAAGUGCAAGUAAGUGAGAAAGUUAGUGAUUAUUUAUACUUUCAAAAAAGUUCAAAUAAAACUAAAUUUUGAACUAUAAAAGCAAAAGUAUUCAGUAAUUUUGAGAAAAAUAUUUAUGAGAAACCCCUGGAAUACUUAAAAUGGAUUUUUGAUCAUUUUGCAACAUGAAGUAAGGUUUUAGGAAUGCUAAAGAUUUUGUAGAAUUCUAUAGAUGGACAAAUGGUUCAAAGACAUAAAUAUCUGAUGAAUAUGUGUUUUGGAAAGGAAAUCUAUACAGAUGGGUUUUACUGAUGGAUAUACAUUCUAUUAAAAAGGUCAGAGACAGAUCCUAUAAAAGAAAUAGAAUCUUAAGAAUCAAGGGAAAUGAACUGAUAGGAAAGAAAAGACUGUCACUAAAGAAAUUUUAGUGGAAUUUUUUGUAUGAAAGUUAAUUGAGGAAAGAAAUAAAUUAUAAGCUCUACAAAUAAGGGGGUAAUCAAAAGGAAUAAUGCUCUUUAAAAUAAUAUUACCAAUAUUUUAAGUGAGGACAGAAUUAACUAAAUUACAUGUUAAUUAAAAUGUUGAUAGAUUGACCCAGUGUUAAAUAGAAACCAUUUAUUUACUUUAUAUGUCAAUCAUUUUAUAGCAACAUAUUUGUUACAUUACAUAUAAUGCCUUAUAGGCCCACAGUAUUAUAUAGCUUACAUUUUUUUGCAAUGUGGCAUGAUUAUUACAAAAUGACCUAAGAUAAGUUGAGACAGUUUAUGGCAAGGUACCUUUUUAAUAUGCUGUACACAUAGAUGUGUUAAAAUAUAUUUAUAAUCUACAUUAUUUUGUUGCGUGCAGGAACAUAUUGCCUCAUAAUGAAGAUGUCUAUCUGUGUCAUUUUAAAAUAUGGGUUGUAAAAGGAGUGUGUUCCCAAUAACUUAAUCAGUUGACUUUAGUUUUGAUUCUUGAUUUCUGUAACUUUAUUAAAUGCUGAGAAUCAUGUUACUUGAUUAAAAUAGAGAGAGAGUAUGCUUUUCACAUCACCUUGGGAAUUCAUUGAAAAGUGCUUUUUUCAAUUACUCUCAUAUAUAGCAAUUUAUUGGAUGGUACAAAGCUCAUGCUUUCUAGUAAUAGUAAGAAUGUCUUUAUUACCCAUUUUACCUGCCUGCCCUAACUAAUUUAAAAAUUUAGAUGACCAAGAAAUAAAUGAGUAUUUCCCCCUACCUUUCUUGGGAAAAAAUUUUUAAAACUAUUAUUGAGAAUUAUACAGAUUCGGCAUAUUUUUAGAUGCAUGAUAUUAAUGUCACAGUCACUACAGGUCAGAUGUAGAUGUGCUUCAGCUCUGUAUUUUAACAUACUAUGUUCAAUAUAAUGAGCUGUGUUUCCUAAUCUAUAAUUGCCAGGUAUAGGGUAAUAUGACACGUUGCUGAUGUGCCAUUCAAAAUGAGACAGGAUGUAAUAAAAGAUUUGCCCUCAGUGUGUAUAAAAAACCCACUUAUUCUUUCUAGAUUUUAUUUUAUGGGAUUAGAAUAUUUCUGUUGGAUACUAUUCUUAAUUUUCUCUACACUUUGCUGCCAUAUGAUGCCACAGGGCAGAGAAUCCAACUUAAGUUUUAAUGGGAUCUAGAAAAGAAUAAUAUACUUGUUUCCUUUUCUUUUUUUUAAUGGAGGAUGAGGAUUGAUUCCAUAAAAGAUCAUUUAGAAAAUAUAGAUAGAUAUUUUAAAUUUAAAAAAAAAAAAAAGGUUUUUUUCCCCUAAGACCUAGACCAAUUAAGUUUGAUACAGCUAAACAGACAUUCUUAGUACAGGUAUGAUAUUUAUAAUUUUUUUCCUCUCUCUCCUUCCCUCCCUCUCUCCCAAAAGCAGGAUGUUAGUAAGAUGUUCAGUGCAAUUGUAUUGGUACUAGUAGUAUUUGGAAGUGACAGUGAAUGCUCAUAUUUGGAAAACUGAGGAUUUGGCCAUUUUGGAGUCACUUACCUUGCCCAAUGGAAUUGCUUACACUUUAAUAUACUCUCCUUAAUUUAAAGAGUUUAAAAGACCAGAUCUGGUUCCCCAGUGCACUCAAAUCACAGGACAUAGACAUACAUCCUAUUUUUAAAUGACUUAAUAAAGAAUAUAAAUCCUAUGGUUCUCCAAACAAGUGAUUCAACUUUCAUGUAAAUGUCAGUUUUUGCGAAUAGGAAUUUAACACUAAAACAGCAAAAUCUAUUGGUUAGUUCUAACUUGGAAAUGUAUUGUGGAUAAAACGUUCAUUAUCAUUGUAAACUUUAAAUGAAUGGCAGAACAGCUAUGAACAUCUGAAGAGGAUAUCUUACAUAGAAAAUGUCCUUGGGGGAAAUUUAUGUGUCGUGCUCAUUUCUUGUGCACAAGAAUUGUAUGGGUCAUGCUUAACUCAAAAAGUGGGAUUGUGCUCAUAUCUGAAUAGAGAUUUGUUCAAAGUUCCUUCAGUCUAUAUGCAGAAACACACAUUCGUAAUCGUAAAGCAAGUAACAAGAUUCUAUUCUGCUGUGCUCCUUAAAAACUGAUGGUCUACACAAGAAAUCCUAAUUAAUAAUUUUAAAUCAAUAAUUUACAGUUUUAUUUAUUGUAAUUUUGCUGCAUGGGGCUUUGCUUUUAUAAACCUAUAUAUUGGAACGUUUGUCCUAAUUUGCUGAUCUGGAACACAUUUAAUCCCAGUUGAAUUUACACCCAACAACCCUGGCGUGUUUACAUUUCAAAAGAAAUGAAAUUGGUGUGAAAAAGUUUUUAGAAGUACUGUAACUUUUUUCUUUUUCUUUUCUUUUUUUUCUUUUUUUUUUACAAAGGGACAUAUUUCAAAAAAUGAAACAUAUGAGUAGGCACUUCAAAAAAGAUAAAAUAUUUUGUUUGCUUUUUGACUGACAUGCUAUAAAAAGGAUUAUAUUUGUGAAAGAAGAUACUGAUUGCCAAUAUUUCAAGUACCAUCUUGCAAUGUAUAGUUUUUAGUGAUAUCGUAGUAUAAAUCUGUAAUUUGAACUUUUACUUUGGAAUGUAAAGUAGAAAAUAUUAGCUAUGUUAAUGAUAUCUUGCAAAGUGUUCCCAUUUAUAAUUAUUUAUAUUGUAAAUAGCUUUCUGAAGUAAAUUCGAAGUUAAUGUGCAUAAAAUGUAUUUAUUAUGUGAGGAAUUUUUUGGUUUAAAAUAUAGUUACCAAUAUGCAGUUUGA